AUGACUUCGCGGUUACUCAGGACCUGUUUUCCCUGCUUGGCCGUUGAAAGGGACUUUGGGACUGAGAACCGUGGUGGACUACCAGCAAAUCUCGAAGCACUAAGUAACGACACACCUCAGGCACCGCAGCAGGAGCCGGCGAACGAGCUGCCGGGCGAAACGAAAGCGCACUGCACCGGUCUGUCAGUUUCGCAAGUCUCCGCUGAAAGUAGGGACGCGAUCGCAGACGCGCCGAAAACUUCGUCAGAGGCCUCAUCGGAGGGGAAGCACGAUAUUAGCUCAAUUUUCGCGAGCUGGAUAGACGAGACGUUUCGUAACCGAAACGUUAGACGGGCGCUCCUCCUGCGAAAGAGCGAUUCCAAAGUAUUGGCUAGCUAUUGCGCUGCAACGGACAGCGGUGAAAAUAACGUAAGUGAUAUGAUAGGGCCCCUCUUUCUCGCAUCUGCAGCGUAUGCUGCGGAUACAAUUUUCGAUGUUCUGAGCGCUCCCCGGCACCGUUUCGCACGAUACACGUCACGAGAUGAUGAUUGCAUGAAUUUGAAUCAUUUCGGACAUAGGAUGUGGAGCAUCACUGGUUCACGCGGCUUCCAACUAUCGGUUUAUCACCUGAGGGAAACCUCAGAUUACUGCAUCAUCAUAGGCGAACGCAGUCAAUCAUCCGAGCCAUUGUCGGCGCUGUGGGGGCACAGACGGUGGGUACUAGAGUCGCACUUGGUUCUUCUCGAGCGCGCGAUCAAAGCAAGCAUGUCUAGAUGUGCGCUAUAA